GAGAAGAGAACAUUUUGCUUUGCAGCCAGAGGAGAAGGAUGGACGGGGUCGACGUCGACGACACCAGUCAGUCAGUCACUGAGCCAGCAUCUCCAUUAAAAGAAACAGAGGGCGACCGACGACUGGCACGUCGCUGCGUCAGGACGGGGAAGAACAGAGAGUUAAACAAACCUAUCCGCGCUGCAACAGUGCGGUGUUUGAAUCCAAUCCAGCCAGACAGCCGAGAAAGCGAGCAGCCUUGUUCCUAUACACUGUAGUCUAGUUUAGCUCCCCCCUCAAACCACUCCACCCGGUCCGUUUCCCGUCCCACCCGCGUCAGCUUCGUCUUGCUCUGAGCUGCCGGCGACCUGCUAGCUAAGCUACCUCGCUCGCACCUGGAGCCUGGUGGCGGUGGCCAUGGCGGCCCUGCUGGGCCUUUUCUUCCUGCUGCUGCUCCAGCUCGGCCCCUCUUCUUGCAGCAAUGUGUACAUUGCGUACAUGGGAGAGAGGAGCCCCGAGCUGCGCCCGGCUCUGGUCCGGGACGCGCACCACGGCAUGCUCGCCGCCCUCCUUGGCAGCGAGCAGGCGGCCAGGGACGCCAUCCUUUACAGCUACAGGCACGGCUUCUCCGGGUUCGCCGCCACGCUAACGGACAGCCAGGCGGCGCGGCUCGCCGAUUCGCCUGGGGUUGUGCGAGUGGUGCGGAACCGUGUUCUUGACCUGCACACCACCAGGAGCUGGGACUUCAUGCGAGUGAUGAGUCCGUCGCACUCGGCUGGAAUCCUCUCAAACAGUAGACUCGGUGAGGAUUCCAUUAUUGGUGUGCUAGACACUGGAAUAUGGCCAGAGUCGGCCAGCUUUAGAGACGACGGCAUCGGCGAGGUUCCACGGCGGUGGAAAGGGCGAUGCGUCGCCGGGGACAGGUUCAAUGCUUCCAACUGCAACAGGAAAAUAAUAGGCGCGAAGUGGUACAUCAGAGGCUACGAAGCCGAGUACGGGAAGAUGAACACCACCGACAUCUACGAGUUCAUGUCCGCGAGAGACGCCGUCGGGCACGGCACGCACACGGCCUCCACUGCCGCCGGCGCUCCGGUAGCCGACGCGAGCUUCAGGGGCCUCGCCAGCGGCGUCGCGAGGGGAGGGGCGCCCAGGGCAAGGCUGGCGGUCUACAAGGUGUGCUGGGCCACCGGAGACUGCACCUCCGCGGACAUCCUCGCUGCCUUUGACGACGCCAUACAUGACGGCGUCGACGUGCUCUCGGUGUCCCUGGGCCAGGCACCACCGCUCCCUGCAUACGUCGACGAUGUCCUGUCCAUCGGAUCCUUCCACGCUGUCGCGAGAGGGAUCGCCGUGGUCUGCUCCGCAGGGAACUCCGGGCCUUAUUCGGAGACGGUGAUCAACUCGGCGCCGUGGAUCGUGACCGUCGCUGCCGGCACCAUUGACAGGACUUUCCUCGCAAAGAUCGCCCUCGGCAACAAUAGCACCUACGCGGGUCAAACGCUCUACUCUGGAGCGCAUCCUGGAAGAAGCAUGAGCCUAGUCUACGCUGAAGACAUUGCAUCUAACGACGCAGACGAUACAGAUGCAAGAAGCUGCACUGCAGGAUCCCUGAAUUCUACUCUAGCGAAGGGAAAGGUGGUGCUUUGCUUCCAAACAAGGGCUCAGAGAUCAGCUUCGGUGGCGGUGGAGACCGUCAGGAAAGCUCGUGGCGUCGGUGUCAUCUUCGCCCAGUUCUUAACUAAGGACAUCGCGUCUUCAUUCGAUGUUCCAUGUGUUCAAGUAGACUACCAAGUUGGAACAGUUAUACUCGCGUACACUACUAGCAUGAGAAACCCAACAGUUCAGUUUGGCUCAGCAAAAACAGUUCUUGGAGAAGUGAUCGGCCCAGAAGUCGCGUAUUUCUCGUCUCGGGGUCCAAGUUCUCUGUCCCCCUCUGUUCUGAAGCCAGACAUCGCUGCUCCAGGCGUCAACAUUUUGGCCGCAUGGACUCCCGCCGCCGCCGUAUCAUCAGCCAUUGGAUCCGUGAGCUUCAAGAUCGAUUCAGGAACCUCCAUGUCCUGCCCGCACAUCUCAGGAGUCGUUGCUCUCCUCAGAUCACUGCAUCCCAACUGGAGUCCUGCUGCAGUAAAAUCAGCGCUUGUCACAACAGCGCCUUGCCUUUGCAGCCAGCGUCCACGACACGUAUGGGUUUGGGAUCGUGUCCGAGGCAGCACCGUACAGCCAGGCGAACCCGUUCGACUACGGAGGUGGUCACGUGGAUCCGAACCGAGCUGCGUACCCCGGUCUCGUGUACGACAUGGGGGCGUCUGACUACGUGCGCUUCCUUUGCUCCAUGGGCUACAACGUCUCGGCCAUCAGCUCCGUGGCUCAGCAGCGUGAGACUGAGACCUGCCAGCACGCGCCCAAGACGCAGCUGGACCUCAACCUGCCAUCCAUCGCCGUCCCCGAGCUGAGGGGCAGGCUUACCGUGUCAAGAACGGUCACCAACGUCGGCUCGGCAUUGUCGGAGUACAGGGCUCGCGUGGAAGCUCCUCCAGGGGUGGACGUCUCCGUGCGCCCCUCGCUCCUGGCCUUCAACUCGACCGUGAGGAGGCUGGCGUUCAAGGUGACGUUCCGGGCCAAGCUGGUGAAGGUGCAAGGGAGAUACACCUUCGGCAGCCUGACGUGGGAGGACGGCGUGCACGCCGUGAGGAUCCCUCUGGUGGUUCGCACGAUGGUCGGCAGGUUCUACGCCAAUUCAUGAGCUAGUUAGUUCGUGUUUGUGUGGUGCUGUGUGUUACCUUUCGCUCACCACCGGACCGGUGAUGGUGAGACGGACAAGAUGUAACCUGCUAAUUUGUUCCGAUUCUAAUGGCAUUGGUGAUUGGUUGGGGUUCUUUGG